GAUGUGGCACAGCCCUCUCUGAUCGUGCAUUGGUUGUAUAGAGAAUUAUUAUUACUAUACGUGAUCGAGAAGUAAUUCAUCUGUCUGAUAAAAUGGAUGAGAAUACGUAAGCCCUUCAUCUGCGAUUAAUAAUACAAAUAACGGUGCGCGUAUCGAUGAGCGUGUCCACUGCAUCGUCGUCAUCCUGCUGAAACAAACUGUGGAGUAUUAGGAGUCUCUUGGUCCAUGGAGCCCACACUCUGGUCAACAGCCCAUAGCUCCAACACAUCUGGAUGAGAUCACGCUCAUUUUUAUGGGCAGUCUGUUAAAUUGGCUUAUCCUCUGGCUCCUGCACGCUACAGCACAUAUGUAGUUCUCUCUCUAUGGGGAUGAUAGAAGAUGGAGGAAAAAAGCCCUCGUGUAGCAGACUACUUUGUGGUGGCAGGACUCACCGUGUCUUCUAAGCCUCUGGAGGAAGAUGUCCACCAUGAGGAAGGCAGUCACAGGAGCUCAGCUCAGCCCAAGGCUCCCAUUACAGAUGUGGCGGUGGUGAUUCGCUCCCUGGGGGAGGAGGUACCUCGUGGGUAUACAUGUGUUGAAUGCACCCCCUCUGGUCUGCCUGCAGAACUAAAUGGAGGUAGUCUCAUGGGGCCGCAGAUCUUCCUCUGCUACAGGAGAGGCAGAGACAAACCGCCGCUCACAGACCUGGGGAUACUCUAUGAGUGGAAGGAGAAAUUGAAACCAGACUGUCAUAUUAUACAGACCACACCCUCUGGCCGCCCUGCUAACGUAAGUAGCUCCUCCUCUCAGAGGAUCUACAUUACAUAUCGGCGUGCCCCUGAGAAUCACUCUCAUGCCACACUGGCUGUCACAGACAUCUGUGCCAUUAUCCCUGGCAAGGGGGAGACACCUCCACAUGCCUUCUGUAAGGUGGAAAAAAACCUCAACAGUAGUAUGUGGGGAUCAUCUGUGUACAUGUGCUACAAAAAAUCAUUGGCGAAAACCAACACCCUUGCAUAUAAAGCAGGUCUGUUGUCCAGAUAUCCAGAGGAAGACUAUGAUUCUUUUCCUUUGCCUGAAUCUGUGCCCCUGUUUUGUCUACCGAUGGGAGCAUCAGUCGAGUGCUGGCCCUCUCAUACCAAAUAUUCUCUCCCUGUCUUUUCCACAUUCGUUCUCACUGGCGCCUCUGGAGAGAAGGUUUAUGGAGCUGCCAUCCAGUUUUAUGAGCCUUACCCAGAGGACCAUUUGACCGACAAGCAGAGAUCUCAGCUGGGCCUGCAGGAUAACAGUCUAAGGCCUGAUGGAUCCAUGACUGUCCACACCAACAAAAGCAUCUGCCUUUUGUCUCACUGGCCCUUUUUUGAUGCUUUUCAUAACUUCCUCACCUUCCUGUACAGAUACUCCAUCUCUGGUCCACACACUCUGCCCAUUGAGAAGCAUAUUUCUCAUUUUAUGCACAAGGUUCCUUUUCCUUCCUCUCAAAGGCCACGAAUCCUGGUGCAGCUGUCUCCACAUGAUAGUCUGAUGCUGUGCCAGCCCAUUUCCUCUCCCCUCCCUUUGAGUGGUGGAAGGCUUUCUACACUGCUUUUGAACCUCGGUGCUAAGAAUGCAGUGACUCUGCUGGUGUUGGCUGUAACUGAACACAAGAUCUUGGUGCAUUCCCUCCGUCCGGCUGUUCUUACCAGCGUUACAGAGGCCCUGGUGUCGAUGAUUUUUCCCUUCCACUGGCCAUGCCCAUACAUUCCUCUGUGCCCGCUGGCCCUGGCAGAUGUGCUGAGUGCCCCAUGCCCUUUCAUUGUAGGGGUGGACUCACGUUACUUUGACCUCUAUGAGCCACCGACAGACAUAAGCUGUGUUGAUCUGGACACCAACACUAUAACCCACAAAGAAGAACGCAGAGUACUGACCUGGAAGAUCCUGCCAAGAAAAGCCUGUAAACAUCUGAUCAACACCCUCAGCAAUCUCUACCAGCAACUAGAUGAGGUUUAUCAGAUGAGACGUGAGGAAGGCCAGAUGGAGGCGUUCAUGACUGAGCGGGAGCCCGGCAGUGGCGGGAAGAGUCUGGAGACCUUGGAGCUGGAGAUCCAGGAGGCUUUUCUGCGCUUCAUGGCGGCCAUCUUGAAGGGCUACCGCUCGUACCUGUUGCCAAUUACGCAAGCUCCUUCUGAGAAAGCAACUGACGCCAGUUCACUCUUCGAUCUACAAGGCUUUUUGAAGAGCCGUGACCGAUCCCAUCAAAAGUUUUACUCCCUCAUGACCAAGACUCAGAUGUUCAUUCGUUUCAUCGAAGAGUGCUCUUUUGUCAGUGAUAAAGAUGCAAGCCUGGCUUUCUUCGACGACUGCGUUGACAAGCUAUUUGGCACAGAGAAAGGAGGGAAGGUGGACAGCGAGAAGCCUGAGGACACAAGGCUUAUUGAACUUGACAAAUCUCACCGGAGCGAGCACACGGUCUACAUCACCCCCCCAGAGCUGCCGGCGCUGCUUGAGGGAGAGGAGACGCCUGUGGUUUAUAGCUACAGUGGGUUUCCAGUACUGAACGCCCAACUCUGUGAGCUCCAGGAUGGUCCCAGAAUCCCCAAGGCAACUUCAGCUGUGAGGCACAACAGUCCCAUCAGCCCAGCUGCCAUUUUUAGACGCUCCCAACAGGAGAUCAAAUCAGCCCAGAGAAUGGCAAAGACAUACUCUUCCAUACCUCAGAUGUGGUCCAAGUGUCUGCUCAGGCAUUGCCAUGGCCUGUGGUUCAUCUGCCUACCCGCGUACGUCAGCGCCUGCCACUCUAAGGUGCGGGUGCUGCAUACUGCCUAUGACGUGCUGAGAAAGAUGCAGGACAAAAAGUUGCAGCCUCCUGAUGAGGUGUGUUACCGGGUUCUGAUGCAGCUGUGUGGGCAGUAUGGACAGCCUGUUCUGGCUGUUCGGGUUCUUUUUGAGAUGAAGAAAGCCGGAGUGCAGCCAAAUGCCAUUACAUAUGGAUACUACAACAGGGCGGUGCUGGAGAGCACAUGGCCUUCCUCCAACAGAGGAGGUUACUUCCUUUGGGGAAAACUAAGAAAUGUGCUCCGGGGUGUGGUGCUGUUCAAACAAGUGUGGAGGAGGCAGACCACCCACCCAAAAGACACCCAUAUGUCUGAUGCCAGUGAUCUCGACACUGUCAGCCAUGGCAGUCUGGACAGCGCUAACGAUUCAGCAGAGCGAGCUUCCAUUGAUACAGACUUCACUAAAAUGGAUUCUAGUGACGACAGAUCCAGCACAGGUGGUCAGUCUGAUCAGGGUUACGACUCUCUGUCGAAGGAAGAGGUGAGGUUAGGAGGAGGUGAUGAGCACAACUCCUCUCCAGAAAUGAAGAAGAAAGAGAGAAUCUCUUUCCCAUUGUCUCCGGCUUUGCUUGAAAAAAAAGAAGAAUCAUGCCUUGUUCUUGGAUUCCAUCCAACCACAAGCAAUGGAGAUACCAGUAAUGUCUUUUCUGGAGCUUUCCAAAAAACAAAAAGGCCAAAGUCCUUGGAUAUUUUUGGAGAAAAGCCCGUAAGGCCCAGCACACUGGACAUAACCCCUGAUAAGACCGUAAGAGAGCUCAGCACCAAAUCCAUUGCAGUAGGUGAGCAGACAUCAACGUCGAUCGAAAGUGAAGCAGUGGGGGGUGUUGUGAGCCCACCUAAACUUGCUGUGGAGAGGACUGUUAGCUGCAUGGUUGCCAUGGAGAAGUGUGUUGCCAUGGAGAGAGAGCACAUUGGCAUGGAGAGGAGCGUGAGCUGCAGUGGUGCUCUUGGCCAGGUGGUUAAGAGGACGGGUAUUGAAGCAGGGUUUGAUCCUCUCUCCCUGAUGGCUGCUGAGACAGAGACCUCAAGUGAGGUCAAUGCAGACACCCCCACCACCCGCCGAGACCUGGCAGAAGAGAUUCACCACUACAUGAACAACCUGAGUAGCCCGUUGAGCCAGCGUUCUCUCAGUGUGGACUUGAAGGGACAUCAAACCCCAUCUCCACACAGUUCUCCAUGCAUGUCUGCAGUGGUCAACUCCCCCAGCAACUCCCACCUACAACCUCAGCCACGAACCAGACUGUUUUCCUCGCCCUCCCUCCCUCAGGGCCGUGCACGAAGGGUCAGGGAACAGCGGCCCAACUCUUUGGCCUCCCCAUCCUCACCUACUCAUUCCACUUCUUCUUUCUCCAUGGACUCUCUGCUCACACCAACACUAGAUGUGUUCAAGAGCAGCUUUCUCUCUGCUGGAAAGGGCGUCGCCGAGAAAGCCAGUCGUCUAUAUUCACGACUUUCCUCCCAAACCUCCAUUGCACAGGAUUUGAACUCUGACCAGGUCAGUGUGUCUUCAUUGGGGUCAUGUGACCCUGAUUGCGCCUCUCUGAUUGAGAGUGAUUCCUGUGUAGACCCCGAAUCGCUCUCCUCCCUCCUGUGGGAUGGCUCUCAACCCAUCACACGGCCCAAGAGGAGCCCAAAGACGAGUCUUGAAAGUCCUUCUGCACCACCACGACUCUUCCGCCAGUCCUCCCUCACUGGUUCAUCGCUGACAGUCAUGAAAGUGCUUCAGACUCCAGACGUGUGUUCUGAUUCCAGCCUCGCUCAGUUCGUGCAGAAUUAUGCUAUUGAAGUACUUAUGUCCAAUUGUUCACGCUGUAACACCUGUGAGUGCCUGGUGUAUGAUGAAGAGAUUAUGGCUGGUUGGACAGCUGACAACUCCAACCUCAACAGCACGUGCCCAUUUUGUGGCUCCCCAUUUCUGCCCCUGCUCAAUGUAGACAUCAGAAACCUGGGUGACAAGGAGAGAGCCCCUUCUGAACACACUCAUACUUGUCAGACAGAUGCAGAGGAGGAACUUCCACAAGUUUGUGAUGCCACUGGCAGUCUAUCCAGCAAUGGCAAAAAAUACCCUGAGCAAGUCACUGUGCCCUACCUGAGUCCUCUGGUACUUUGGAAAGAACUGGAGAGCUUACUGGAAAACGAGGGGGACCAGGCCAUCUCAUCCGCAGCCAUUGUAGAUCACCACCCCAUUGUGUUCUGGAACCUGGUGUGGUUUUUCCGUAGGCUGGACCUGCCCAGCAACCUGCCAGGACUCUGUCUGAGCUCCAAACACUACAGCAACGAUGCUCAGCCUCUGCAAAGUGCAUCAGAAGACAGUAAGAAUGUCUUGGUCCAGAUUCUGUGGGACAACCCAAAACUGCAUCAAGACCCCAUCCAGCCCUGCUACCUGCUCUGGAAAUCAUAUUGUGCAAAUCCAGCAGUAUCUACAACUUUGUGGGAGGAGGAGCACACUGUGAGUUUAGAGCUACUUCAGAGUGUGGUGAAGAGCAUCCAGAAGAACGAUAUCUACCAGCCCAUGAGUCAGAUACUGCAGCUACUGGGCACCAGAUUGGGCUUCGUCAGACAACGGAGUUUAUAUAGAGAUAUCCUCUUCUUGUCUUUGUUGGCUUUGGGCAAGAGUAGCAUAAAUAUUGAUGCAUUUGACCGUGAAUACAAAAUGGCAUAUGACCGUAUGACCCCCAGCCAGGUCAAGAUGACCCACAAUUGUGACCGACCACCCAGUGCUGGAGUAAUGGAGUGCAGGAGAACUUUUGGGUUGCCCACUCUGUGAUUCGCCUUCAGUUCUUCAGUAAUAAUCUUAUUCCUCCCUCUUUCCUUGCAUCCAUCACAUAGAACAAGGCAUCCAGAGAUCUUAGAAGUCCAAGGCCCAGCCAAAGAAGAAAUACAACUCUUUUAUUCAUUUAUUCAUGUGAUCUAAACAUUCAGUAUAACCAAAGCUACCUCUGGCUCCCAUGAGGUCUCUAUCGAGACAGUUCCUGGAUGUCUGUGUGACUUGUACACUGCCUGUGAAUAUAGAACUUUCUCUCACCUGUGAUCAUGUCCUGUACCUUGUAUUUUCCCCUUGACAUUACCUUGCUCAUGCUCAUCUGCCUAACGUCUUGAUCCUUCUCAGAAGCUUUGGGCCACAUUCAGAUGCUCUAGCUCCACUCAGGUAAACUUGAGUUCUGAGGUCAUUGUAGAUUAGGAGCAAUAGCUUGUGCUUCGGUCAUUCCAUCGCUCUUUAGAUCACAUAGAAUUAAUCUUGGAGUGGACUUGGGACCAGUAGCUGUAGAACAAUCAAACUUCAGUCAUGCUUAGUAUGUAUCAUGUAGAAGCACAAUGAGCAAAACACAUAGUCUGCUUUCGGCCAUCUAUGGGCACUUGUAUAUGUCACGUACAAAGUGUGUACAUAGUCUAUUAUAAUUUUGUAAUAUAUUUGUAUUAUACAGUUAUAUUUUAAGACUGGAAUUUGUUAUAACUGACAUGUCUCAUUUCUAAAGAGUAUGCUGUGCAUUGUGUAUAGGUUUCAUUUUGAAGGUGUGGUGUUUGCUGUCCUGGUCCCGGAGACCAGUUGUAUGAUGACUGUCAGUAACACUGUCGUUUUAACGCCUGGACCAAAUAUUAAUACAUGAAUUAUGAGACAGUUUACAUGGUGAGAAAUACGUUUCAUGGGGUUUUGAACUGAGAAAUGAAUUAUUGUGGGGCAGGCAAAUCAUGUAAGACCUGUAUGGAGACAAACAGGGUAUACAAAGUUAUAAAGUAAAUGGUAAAAAUGGACUGUUAAUAUGAUAUGUUUAAGUCAGCGUUGUAAGUCAGUUACAACAUUUAGAGAAUAAUUUUUAUAUUUUGAACAUUGUUUUACAUUACAUGAUGCGUAAACAUGGAUUUCCAUGGUUAACAUAUUUUAAUAAAAAGUUUCAGGAAGCAUCAGAGCAUUCAAGAUCUUAUUUAGACAAUUCUAAGUCUGUUCAAAAUAAACAUGCAUUAACUGGAACUAUUGGUUUAAUACUCAAAUUGUUUUAAUACUAUAAUUCUUAUUUCCUGAUGACGUUUAUUGACGAUGCAUUUUUGAGUCUGUUUGGUUGCUGAAUUUUAAAUGCUUCUGACAAGCACAGUUUACCAUUCUAAAAUUAAAUUAUAUUUAUACAUGUAAAUGUAAUAAUACACAAUAAAUCAUUGAUGUUUAUGCCCUAAGUGAGAAAAGUACAACAGAUAAUACUGCCCUAAACAUUUCGAGAUAAAAAAAUAUUUGCAAAGACUUUUAUUUUUUUUAUAAACCUGAUGCUGUUAAACUUCAAAAAUACAAUUAACACUGCUGUUAAUGUUUAAGCAGUUUUUAUAUCACCUGCUUUUUAAAUCCAUAUGACAUGGUAGUGGAAAAAAGACUGACUUGUUUCAUAAAAAGCUAAUUUAAAACCGUUAUUGUGGAGGUUUUUUUGUUUGUUUUUUUUUUUUUCAAAUAAUUUUAUGUUAUAGGGCAAUGUGCUUUACAUACUUCUUGUAACUUCUAUUUAUAUUUGUACAUAUCAUUUUGUCAGAUCUGAACCGGAUCUAUAAAAAUGUUUAUAACUGUAAAUAAACUGACACUCAAACUGG